UUCCCAUGAACCCCUAUUGCAUUUCCGGAUAAACGGGUUUUCUAAGGGGCAGUUGCACGGGAGAACUUCCUUUUGCUCCGACAUCUUAACGAGGAAACAUGCCUCCUAAGCAAGACAAGAAGAAGGACACUGGGAAGUCCAAAAAGGAUAAGGACCCAGUCAACAAGUCCGGAGGCAAGGCCAAGAAGAAGAAGUGGUCCAAGGGAAAAGUGAGGGAUAAGCUCAACAACCUGGUGCUCUUCGACAAGGCGACCUAUGAAAAGCUGUACAAAGAAGUUCCCAACUAUAAACUUAUCACGCCUGCUGUUGUGUCAGAGAGGCUGAAGAUCCGUGGUUCCUUGGCAAGGAAUGCCCUCCAGGAAUUGCUUGCAAAAGGCAUGAUCAAACUGGUGUCCAAACACCGAGCACAGCUGAUUUAUACCCGGAACACCAAGGGUGGAGAUGAGGAGGCAGCAGCACCAGAGAAAGCAUAAUCAGGUUCUCCUGUUUGCUUCCUUUUUAAUACGCUGUAAGGAAAGGUGAAUAAAAAAUUGUAGACAAAACA